AUGAGGGGCAGCGCGUCGGAGACGUCGGACUCCAGCACAUCAUUAUUUCCAGCAUGCAACCAGAUCAAAGCGCAACAGGAGGUUCUGCACAGCCAAGAACCCCAAGAUUCCGACGGAAGAAAGCAACGGCGUGCCAACGAUGCAGAGCAAGAAAGCAGCGGUGCGAGGGCCAGGACCGGGGUGCGUGUCGAAACUGCACGUCUGCGCAAGCUGCCUACAGGCACGUACCUCGUCUCCUACGUACAAGACCUUGAGCAACGGGUUGCGCAUCUUCAGGGACGCCUCAACCAACGCACGGCCGAGUCCAUAACCCAAGAUUAUCCCGAGUCUGGUAGUCCUCCAGCCCGAAAUUCACAGACAAACAUUUGUCCAGAUUUACUGAGCUUCACUGACCCUCUUCAUACAUUCUAUAUGCCCCCGAUAGCAUCUCAAGGGAAUUCAUUCGACCUCUUGACAUACCCAGCCGACAACUUGUUCUCCAUCUCCCAGCCGCUGCCUGCAGACACUGCGCACUCUCUUGAUCCCCCAAUAGCCGCCGUCGUGACCGAUAUUUCAGUCCGUGAAGGCGCCUCCUUCUUCCAGACUUACUUUGAGAUCAUCCACCCUCGUUACCCGUUCCUCGAUGUCGAGGAAUGUAGCACAGCGUAUCUGAAAUGGAAAACGGGCGAGAUAGCCACCUGUAGCGACAGUGCCUGGUCCAUGUGCCUGUUGAAGCUGAUCUUUGCCAACGGUGCAAUCCUACAGCAUGCGUGGUUAGAUAACAGGACUUGGCAACAACCGGAACUGAUCCUUCAGGAACAGAACAUCAUGGCUGAUUCUUCUUUCAAACCACUUGCUCGCGUCCAGGCCAUGCUUCUCCACGCCUUCCACGAGCUUCACGGAGAGAGCACAGCCAGAGUCGUGCAUAUCGUUGGUGUUGUUAUGCGCUUUGCAAUCUUGAACGGCUUCCACUGUCUCACUAACGAUGGGUCUCAUGAAACGGAUAUGAAGAUUAAGGCUUGGUGGUGCAUCUACUGCUUAGACAAGGUCGUUGCAAUAACGCUGCAUAUUCCUCCGUACCCGCCUGAUGAGUGGGUUGAAACACCUGCAUAUCAUAUUAAACCCGAGCCGCAAUUCUUCAUGCCCUGGGCUGCUGAUGCCCCAGGUUCUUCAGGCGGGGUCCUGUAUAGUUUUGAUCUACGCUAUUUUGCGCACAUGUGCAGGGUCAGGCAGCUUCACUCCGAGAUACUCACCUUUUCGCGACAAGUCGAUCCCGACUUGAUGGAUCAAUGUCUUGGGAAGCUGGGGUUAGAGAUUGAUAGAUGGGCCAAGAGCAAAGAUGUCUUUCCCAGUAGCCAUCUAAACACCGAAGGCCAUGCAAGCCCUCUUGGCGUAGUCUACGUCGCACACAUGACUCGAGUUGUGCUUUAUAGCUCGGUUCCCUUUGAAACAGCGUCAGAGACCACAGAUAAACUUCUCCAAGCCUGUUGUGACUCCUGCGCAACGUUCAGGGCUCUUCAAAAGAGAAAGCAUUUACCAAAACAUUGGUUUGAUAUGCUCUUUAUAUUCAAAUUAGGCGUGGUGAUAAUAUACAUCAUCUGGCGGCGAGCCAUGCCAGUAUCCAAGGCUGUCGAUCGUGCCAUCAGGGACUGUACUGCGAUACUUUCUAUUUUUGCAGAUCGAUCACAGAAGGCGGGCAUCUACAGAGACUGCAUGGACCUUCUAGCAAGCAGCAUAUCAAGAAUCUCUCCCCUCGGGAACAUCGACGCGGAAUCCAAGCAAGAACUCGCAGCCUUUCUUAGUCAGGUCGAGGGAAACGGGCUUGCAUCUCAUGUUCAUACCAAGUUGUCCGAAAUUUGCAAGGGCAGUAUUACAGAGACGGAUACAUAA